AUGAACCCAGUUGCUAAUGGAAAAGCGCGGCCUAUUCCGAAAAACGGCGAUAUGCGAGUGUCGGGCUACACGCACGACGGACCGUGCGAGGUGUGGCUCGACGACAAGAUGGUAGCCCAAGGUGAUAAUUGUCAUAACGACUUUCCUGCCAAAAAACACUGUAUCGACUAUUCGUCGUGCAAGGGUACGUGCGUACUGCAUUGGUACUGGCUGGCUGAGCGCUUUGUAAAGAACAAGCAUUCGUGGCAGGUGUACAAAGCUUGUGUCCCUCUGACGACUGGAGGCCAGCCACAAAUCGCUCGAGUUGUUCAUUUUUUGUAUUUGACGUUUUUUCGGUAUAUUUAUGAAAAGAACGUGGGAGUUCCCUUAUCUGGAGAGGAUACAAAUGAAAUAGUCGACGUUGAUGCUGAUAGCGGUGUUUGUCUCCGUACGUGA